AUGGCUUUCCUGGAAAGUGCUAAAGAAUAUUCUUCCCUCCCAUUAGCAGCUACCGAGCACGCACCUUCCCCAAAAUUCAAUUUCGGCCAAACCCCUGUCUUUGGCGCCUCUGCCACGGGUUCCGCGUUCGGUCAACCCUCCGUGUUUGCCGCACGCCCAUCCUCUCCAACCGAAUCGUCGGCUGACAAACCACUCCCCACCGACGUCGCCGCCCUCCAGUCCAUCGUCCGUACCCUCCUCGCCGAGGUCAAGGCCACCACAAGCGUCAACGCACACCUCGCCGCCACUGUCGCCCGCCUCCAAGAGUCACAAUCAGCACUGUCCACCACCCCCACUCCCGCUACCACAGCCAACUCCACUCCCGCUCCUACCACCCUCCCACACCCUCCAAUUGACAACCCCCGCACCAUCGCUAGCGGCCGAGGUUGCGCCUCCCCUGAACUCUUCCAGGAGCUCAUCAAAAAAAACUGGCAUGGCCGUCUCGGCCGCACACAUAUGGUUGAUGUUGACGCCCUCCCAGCUACGGCGCUCUCCGAGCUCGACUGCCUUCUACGGCGAAAGCUGCAUGCCAUCUUCCCUCGCGGGGGUGCCUAUAUCGAAGCCGAUGCAGACACGAUUUUUGCAAGUCUUGCGGCGCUAGGACUGCGACUGGAGGACCGGGGGGCGUAUGCAGAUUUGCCCAUUGUAAACAGUGAUACGCUGAAAGAUCAUCCGACGAUUAGAAGGGGGUUGAACAAAUUCUCGUGGUAUAUAAGUAAGGGCAAGUGGGGUGAGUAUUGGAAGGCGGUGGUUCUGGAAACGUUGGUGGAGUUGGCGAGGUAUAGGGGGUUGAUUGAUGACGAGGGGUUUGUGAAGACAGAGUAG